GUAUUAUAGUUAUAAAUAAGUAUGCAACUAAAUAACUGCACCUUGACAUUGAUGACAAACCAAGCCGUUUGCAAAUCGAUAGAAAAUUGAGCACUUAUUUAUUCACUUUAUUAUUAUGUCUCCGUAUGUACGGUAUUCUUUUUUUUUUUUUUCUUUGUUGGUGUGUGUGUGCUAUGGACCCACUGUGAGAUUCCGGAAUAAAGAUCAUAUAUAUUCAUAUUAAUAUUUAUUAAUUAAUAUUUAAUGUUUUGAAUGACGCGCUCCUUUGACUAUAAUGUAAUGUGUAGCGAAUGUCUCUGAUUCAAAAUGGCCGACAAGGAACAACGACAAGACAGUGCGCUCUUCACAUCUCGUGCCAAAUAUAGUUAUGUAUUUUACAUCAACGCUCAGCCAAGAUCUUAUUUCAUUGGUUAAUAGCAAUGUCAAUCUAUGACGUUUCACGGAUUCCUGCCAAUCGUCCGCGUUAUCGGAGAGGAUGCUCAAGAGGGCAGGCUGGGUCCCAUCUGGGCGAAGCACAACGACUAAAGUCCGUAGCAGUGCUAAAGUGAAGGAUUUAUGUUUUUGUUGAGUGUAUAUUCUCCGAGGAGAGGUAGUUUUUUCCAACUAGUUGGACGCACUGUGUUUUUUAGCCUGAUAAAUCUCGGUUCGAGGCCGCGGUAUGGAUGAAGCUCGGCCUAGUAGCGGUGCCCAAGCGCACGGACUUUCGUCUCUUUUUCCCCCAGGACUGCAGGCUAUCUACGGGGAAUGUCGGCGACUUUAUCCCGACCAGGCAAAUCCGCUUCAAGUUACAGCCAUUGUGAAAUAUUGGUUAGGUGGUCCAGACCCGUUGGAUUACAUUAGUAUGUAUCGAAAUACGGGCAGUUCAAAUCAAGAGGUUCAAGAGCAUUGGCAUUAUGUCAGUUUUGGACUAAGCGACUUGUAUGGUGACAACAGGGUCCAUGAAUUCACAGGAAUCGACAAACCCAGCGGCUUUGGCUUCGAGCUCACCUUUAGGCUGAAAAGAGAGAUGGGGGAGACAGCCCCACCGACCUGGCCUGCUGAGCUUAUGCAAGGCUUGGCUCGCUACGUUUUCCAGUCAGAGAACACAUUUUGCAGCGGUGACCACAUAUCAUGGCACAAUCCACUUGACAACAGCGAGUCUCGCAUUCAGCAUAUGCUGCUCACGGAGGACCCUCAAAUGCACCCUAUCCAAACUCCUUUUGGAACCGUCAGCUUCCUACAGAUUGUGGGCGUUUGUACUGAGGAGCUGCAGGCGGCACAGCAGUGGAACGGUCAAGGCAUUUUGGAACUGAUGCGAGGGGUUCGAGUAGCCGGCGGUCCCUGGCUGAUCACAGACAUGAGAAGAGGGGAGACCAUCUUUGACAUUGAUCCACACCUACAAGACCGAGUGGACCAUGGCAUCGAGACGGAGGGCUCCAAUCUGAGCGGGGUCAGCGCCAAGUGCGUGUGGGACGACCUGAGUAGACCGCCCGACGACGACGAGGACAGUCGAUCCAUCUGCAUUGGCUCGCAGCCUCGCAGGCUCUCUGAUAAAGACACAGAACAGAUCAGGGAAACCUUGAGGAAAGGCCUGGAGUUUAACACCAAGGCAGCAUUGCCCCCCAUCAGUAGCCAGAGACAUGAUAGACCUCAGAGUCGAAAGGAUAGUUUGGAAAGCGAAAGCUCAACAGCCAUCGUUCCUCACGAGUUAGUACGAACGCGACAAUUGGAAAGCGUCCAUCUGAAAUUUAACCAAGAGUCCGGCACGCUGCUUCCCCUCUGCUUACGGGGCCGCUUGCUGCACGGUAGACAUUUUACUUUCAAAAGUAUUAACGGAGACACGGCCAUCACGUUUGUGUCUACGGGAGUGGAGGGGGCCUUUGCUACUGAGGAGCAUCCGUAUGCAGCCCAUGGCCCCUGGCUACAGAUACUGUUCACUGAGGAGUUUGUGGACCAGAUGCUUGGGGAUUUACAUGACCUUAACACCCGUGAAGAUACAAAAUUACCAAAGGAGUACAGCUGGCCUGAGAAGAAGCUGAAGAUCUCAAUCCUACCAGAUUCUGUGUUUGAUAACCUUCUGCAAUGAGGCAGAUAUGCAGGAAAAACAAGUCAAAUAGCCACAUGCUCAGAAGACAUCGUAACCAAGAGUCAUCGCUAAAAAUGAACUCUAUAAGAUGAUCUGGGCCACACAAUCUCAGGUCCAAAUGAUAAAUGUGGCUAACACAGUUUAGCUUUGCGGACUUCCUCGGCAAUAACUUGUUUUCUAUUUAUUCCAGUGGCAGCAGUAAAGACAGAAAGGUCAGCUACUGGUCCAUUUUUAGAGAUAUUUUCUUUUAUAUUGCCUUGAUGUGUACAUACAAUGAAUGCAGGACAUUUUUUUUGUUAUGAUGCCAAAGUCGUGGCUGUCAUUCACUGCCAGUGCUUUGAGUGAAGUGAGCCAGCAUUUCAACUCUUAUCUUUCUUGUAUACCUGGUUAAUGCUGCAGAUACAUGUGCCUAGAUUAUGUACGUAUUUCCAUUUUUAUAAACUAAAUUUUAAACAAGUAUCAUACUAAAUGUAUGAAAAUAUAUGAUUCAGUAACUCAAGCAUUCUCUUUUCUAUGAUUUUUUUAAAUUCAAACAUGGAGCCAUAGUUCUGUUUGUAUAUCAAAAUUCAGUGCUGUUGCAUGAUUAUGAUGGGAAUUUAGCCAGCCUUAUCUCCAGUGGGCAGCACGAAUGAAAAGGUUUGGAUUUGAUGUUGUCAGUUUGACCAUGACAUUUGAGUAAAACUCCUUCCAGUGCCUCGAUUUGGAAAGGACCACACAUACAAUAUGUUGACUUGGUCAAAGUUGACUCUUACUGCUUGGAUUGGAAUUAUAUUACUACCAAAAGUGAAAAAUUCAUUUUACCUCAUUGUCUUUCUAGAACACGUCUACUGUCACGCUAUACUGCUUGUAUACUGUUUUUUUACCCCCAUUUUAAAAAAUGUUUUAAUCCAGCUAUAAAUUUACACAACGUGGUUUUGUUUGACUGAUCCUAAGUGCGUUAAAAGAGUAGCAAGUUACACAAAUAAAGCAGGAGCAGUGAAACAAGCAUCUGGUAUAAUUUUAAUGCUUAUGAAAAAGUGCUGCUUUGGGGGAUUAAUAUGAUCACUUGCCUAAACAAUAGACAAGAACAUUUUUAAAUUGGGCAGAAAUAAUUUGAUCUAUAGUUCAAGGUUUUGUCAAAAUUGGCAAUGACCCAAAAAUGCAGUGUCAUUGCUGGCCAAAAGUAUUGGCACCCCUGCAAUUCUGUCAGAUAAUGCUCAAUUUCUCCCAGAAAAUGAUUGCAAUUACAAAUGCUUUGGUAGUAGUAUCUUUCUUUAUUUUGUUUGCAAUGAAAAAAUACACAAAAGAGAAUGAAAAAAGAAAUCAUUAUCAUUUUACACAAAGCUCCAAAAAUUGGCCGGACAAAAGUAUUGGCACCCUCAGCCUAAAACUUGGUAGCACAACCUUUAUACAAAAAACUGCGAACAACUGCUUCUGGUAUCCAUCAAUAAGUUUCUUACAAUGCUCUGCUGGAAUUUUAGACCAUUCUUCUUUGGCCAACUGCACCAGGUCUCUGAGAUUUGAAGGGUGCCAUUUUCAGAUCUCUCCACAGGUGUUCUAUGGGACUCAGGUCUGGACUCAUUGCUGGCCACUUUAGAAGUCUCCAGUGCUUUCUCUCAAACCAUUUUCUAGUGCUUUUUCAAUUGUGUUUUGGGUCACUGUCCUGCAGGAAGUCCUCUGAGGGAGACCCAGCUUUCCCACACAGGGCCCUACAUUAUGCUGCAAAAUUUGUUAUUAGUCUUCAGAAUUCAUAAUGCCAUGCACACGGUCAAGCAGUCCAGUGCCAGAGGUAGCAAAGCUACCACAAAACAUUUUGACUGUGGGGACCGUGUUCUUUUCUUUGAAGGCCUCGUUUCUUUUUUCCUGUAAACUCCAUGUUGAUGGCUUUUCCCAAAAAGCUCUACUUUUGUCUCAUCUGACCAGAGAACAUUCAUCCAAAACGUUUUUGGCUUUCUUAGCAAGCUCCAGUCUGGCUUUUUAUGUCUCUGGUUCAGAAGUGGGGUCUUCCUGGGUAUCCUACCAUAGAGUCCCUUUUCAUUUAGACGCCGACGGAUAGUACCGGUUGACACUGUUGUACCCUCGGACUGCAGGACAGCUUUAACUUGUUUGGAUGUUAGUCCAGGUUCUUUAUCCACCAUCCGCACAAUCUUUCGUUGAAAUCUCUCGUCAAUUUUUCUUUCCGGCCUCCACUAGGGAGGAGUUAGCCACAGUGCCAUGGGCUUUACACUUACUGAUGACACUGUGCAUGGUAAACACAGGAACAUUCAGGUCUUUGGAGAUAGACGUGUAGCUUUGAGAUUGCCCAUGCUUCCUCACAAUCUUAAGUCCUCAGACAGCUUUUUGGUCUUCUUUCUUUUGUUCAUGCUCAAUGUAGUGCACAAAGGGCAGGUUCAGUCAACUUUAAUCCAUUUUAACUGGCUGCAAGUGUGAUUUGGUUAUUGCCACCACCUGUUAUGUGCCACAGGUAAGUAACAGGUGCUGUUAAUUACACAAAUUAGAGAAGCAUCACAUGAUUUUUCAAAGGGUGUCAAUACUUUUGUCCGGCCCAUUUUUGGAGUUUUGUGUAAAAUGAUAAUGAUAUUUCAUUCUCUUUUGUGUUUUUUCAUUGCAAGCAAAAAAUGAAGAUAUUAUUACCAAAGGAUUUGUAAUUGCAAUCAUUUUCUGAGAGAGAUUGAGCAUUAUCUGACAAAAUUGCAGAGGUGCUAAUAUUUUUGGCCAGCAGUGUAAGUAUAUACACAGUGAGGAGCAGAAGUAUUUGCACCCGUUGUGAUUUUGCAAAUUCACACACUUAGAAAAAAAGAGGUCUGAAAUGUCAUAGAUGACAUAAUCUAAACAAAAAAUAAAAAUGUGUAUAUAUAUGUAAAUGGUAAAUGGCGGAUACUUAUAUUAUAUACCGCUUUAUCUACAUUGUUACAAUGCCCAAAGUGCUUUACAUUAGCACACAUUUACCUCUUUUACGCACACAUUCACACACCAAUGGGGCUGCUGCCAUGCCAGGCGCUGCCAACCCAUAGGGGGCAAGUUAGGGUUCAGUGCCUUGCCCAAGGGCACUUCGACACUGGGCAGUCAUAGCCGGGAAUCUGACCACUGACCCUUCGGUCCCAGGACAACUCAAGCUACCAAUUACGCCACGGCCACCCAUAUGUAUGUAUAUGUAUGUAUAUACACUCACCGGCCACUUUAUUAGGUACACCUGUCCAACUGCUCGUUAACACUUAAUUUCUAAUUAGCCAAUCACAUGGCGGCAACUCAGUGCAUUUAGGCAUGUAGACAUGGUUUAAGACUAUCUCCUGCAGUUCAAACCGAGCAUCAGUAUGGGGAAGAAAGGUGAUUUGAGUGACUUUGAACGCGGCAUGGUUGUUGGUGCCAGAAGGGCCGGUCUGAGUAUUUCAGAAACUGCUGAUCUACUGGGAUUUUCACGAACAACCAUCUCUAGGGUUUACAGAGAAUGGUCCGAAAAAGAAAAAUAUCCAGUGAGCGGUAGUUCUGUGGGUGGAAAUGCCUUGUUGAUGCCAGAGGUCAGAGGAGAAUGGCCAGACUGGUUCGAGCUGAUAGAAAUGCAACAGUGACUCAAAUAACCACCCGUUACAACCAAGGUAGGCAGAAGAGCAUCUCUGAAUGCACAGUACGUCGAACUUUGAGGCAAAUGGGCUACAGCAGCAGAAGACCACGCCGGGUGCCACUCCUUUCAGCUAAGAACAGGAAACUGAGACUACAAUUUGCACAACGUCAUCGAAAUUGGACAAUAGAAGAUUGGGAAAACGUUGCCUGGUCUGAUGAGUCUCGAUUUCUGCUGCGGCAUUAGGAUGGUAGGGUCAGAAUUUGGCGUCAACAACAUGAAAGCAUGGAUCCAUCCUGCCUUCUAUCAAUGGUUCAGGCUGAUGGUGGUGGUGUAAUGGUGUGGGGAAUAUUUUCCUGGCACUCUUUGGGCCCCUUGGUACCGAUUGAGCAUCGUUGAAACGCCACAGCCUACCUGAGUAUUGUUGCUGACCAUGUCCAUCCCUUUAUGACCGCAAUGUACCCAACUUCUGAUGGCUACUUUCAGCAGGAUAAUGCGCCAUGUCAUAAAGCUGAAAUCAUCUGAGACUGGUUUCUUGAACAUGACAAUGAGUUCACUGUACUGAAAUGGCCUCCACAGUCACCAGAUCUCAAUCCAAUAGAGCAUCUUUGGGAUGUGGUGGAACGGGAGAUUCACAUAAUGGAUGUGCAGCAGACAAAUCUGCACCAACUGUGUGAUGCCAUCAUGUCAAUAUGGACCAAACUCUCUGAGGAAUGCUUCCAGCGCCUUGUUGAAUCUAUGCCACGAAGAAUUGAGGCAGUUCUGAAGGCAAAAGGGGGUCCAACCCGUUACUAGCAUGGUGUACCUAAUAAAGUGGCCGGUGUGUGUGUGUGUGUGUAUAGAUAUAUAUAUCCAUCAUGCCUCCUCAGGUGUAGUUUUAGCUAAGCAAAGCAAAGGUUGAGUAAAGGUUGUUCAGUAACCUCUUGAGUUUUUGAAUUUGUGUCUGGUUCUAUGGCUAUUAUUUUGUUUUAAAACUGAUUUUCUAUCCAGAAAGUGGAGGCACAAUUCAAGUAUAUUAAAAUGAUUAGGCAUCUUUGAGUGAACUUCGAGUAAAAUUCAAGUAUCUCGAGUCUGGGCCAAGUGUUCUCAUUUUUGGAAAUCAAAACAUGGGCACCCAAUUGUUGUCUAAAUUGAAUUGACAGUUGUUGACAGAAAUGCAGUGCAUGGCCAACAUAGUCAAGGGUAUCUUUUGUGUCAUAUGCAGAAAGUAUUUUUUCAGGUUGUACUUGGUGUAAAAACCAAUGGGCAAUGUAACCUCAUAUGUUGCACACACAAAAUAAUUAAACAUGUACACCCCCCACCCCCAAUUUUUUUGACCUAAUUUGUCUUUUUAGAGACCCAAAAUUAGUAGUCUCACUAGUUUUAUCCAAGAAGCAUUUUCCUUGUAGUGAUAGUCAUCCAAUCCAUUUAAACUGGGAAGGCUGGCUGAUGUUGAACUGCCAUUGGCAGCGAUUGCCAGCACUCCCAGUCAAAAUGGAUUGGAUGUCUACAGUGGGAUAAAAAGUAUCAGAAUCUUUUGGAAUUUCUCACAUUACUUACAUUAUCAUUGUCAAAACCACACAGAUAAAAAUAGUGUCUGCUUUAACUAAAACCGUCCAAACAUUUAUGGGUUUUCAUAUUUUAAUG